AUGGAAGUUGAUACAAGAUCUGGUGCCACACAACAGACCGAUUCUAUCAUUUUAAGAAAGAAGCCUCGCCUGAGGAUUCAUGGGGGAAAUCUGACAGGGCUGAUAAGCUUAGGCAAACGACUAAAGACCAUAAAAAGAGAAGUUUUCAAGAAGAAGUAUGGAGACUUGUUGGGCCUAAUGGAAGUUGAGGUACAGUUGCCUGCUAUCACAGCCCUAGCACAAUAUUACGACUCUCCACUAAGGUGCUUCACCUUCCAAGAUUUUCAGUUGGCGCCAACUAUAGAGGAGUUUGAGCACAUCCUGGGAUUGCCAUUAGAGGGUACCACUCCGUAUCAGCAUUCAGAGCAUCACACCUCCAUCCCUACCAUUGCCGCCAUAAUGAAAGUACCUCUCAAGGAACUUGAAGACAGGUUGGUAACAAGGAAUCAAGUACGUGGACUGACACAAGGAUAUUUGGAACAGUACCUACAACAUCUGGCUGAUAAGGAAGAGUGGGAGACUUUUAUGGAUGUGCUAGCUCUCACCGUGUACGGCAUUGUUUUAUUCCCCAAAAUAGAAGACUUUGUGGAUUAUACCGCAAUAGAUGUCUUCGUGGCGAGAAAGACGAGAUCGGACAAUCCUGUGACUGCAGUCCUUGCUGAUGUUUAUGGGACCAUGAGUUUUUGCCAUGAGAGAAAAGGGAAGAAAAUUCUUUGUUGUUUGCCGGCGCUAUAUGCAUGGAUGACUGCGCGUGUAUGUAAGGGGUCAGUUGAUGUCAGGUGUUCAUCGGAAGAUCCGUCACACCAGGGGCUUAAAGACAAAGGAGGAAAUGAGUGGGCCCAAUUCUUUGCUGGUUUGAAUGGAGGAAAAGUAAAGUGGCGUCUUCCUUGGCUUGCGAUUAAGCCCUCUAUCCAUCAUUGUGGUAGCUUUCCCAAUGUACCCCUCAUAGGUACCCGAUAUUGCAUCAAUUAUAACCCUGUUUUGGUUCAAAGGCAAUUCGGACAUCCCAUGAAGGGGGCACCUUUACCGGACUACCUCACAACAUUGUUCAUCUAUUAUGAGGAUGGACACUUCACUGAAACGUUGAGGAAAAUUAGAAGUGCUUGGAAAAGCGUUGUGCAAGCGGAAAAGGAUCUAAGGCUGGGAGUGGUGGACAGCAAAGUUAGUUAUCAUACAUGGAUCCUAGAGAGGGUGAAGGAAAUCAAAUUGCCUUUCAAGCCAAUCAGUGAUCAGCCGGUUAAUGAAGAGCCCUCCCGAGACCUAGAGAGUGAAGAGAUGAAAGAAUUGAAGGUAAAAGUGGAAAAAUUGAGGGAGAGGAAUGCUAGGUUGGGAAAGGAAUUACAAACUGCGCGCAACGAUUUUAUUGAUAUGAGGAAUGACAAAGAAGAAAAAGCACUGGCCUAUGAAGAAAUUAUCAGAAAUCAGAAGGCCGAGAGAGAUUAUACAUUCCGAUUGAAGCAAGAUCUCGCAGCCGCAAGCAAAGAGUUGGCCAUGAGAGUGAAUGAGAAGAAUGCGGCGUUAGAAGAGGGAAAACAGUGGAAGCACCUCUACGAAGAAGCCAAAAGAGAUAAGUGA